AGGGCCAAUCUUCACUCAUUAUAGUUGAGCCUCCAAAGUUGAAGAAAAUGAGCUUGGAGUCACUAGCAUUAUUUCUCGAUUUUUCUACUACGGUUAAUUUUAUUUAUUCCGUGUGUCCGAACGAAGCCGGAAUAAGAAUAGGGAGCAGCGGUGAUAGGAAACUAAUGAGCUAACAAUUGACUAGUUUUAUUGAAACAGUCCCUUGGCCGUUCCUCGGCCCCCCUCUUCUGGCAAUGAUUUAUCAGGCUCCGGGAAGGGAGCGUUUUGUUGCCCGUUCUCCCGGGCCUGGGCGCGAGGAAUGCAAAGUGGUGUCAGUGACCAGAGAUUAGGACAGUGGAAUUUUGCAUUUGUUACGGCAGCAGCUGCUGUAGCUUUCGGCUCAAGGGCAGAGUCCCCGAGCUGGGCGCGGCCGCCACUCGGCGGCGAUCGCGGGGCGGGCGCGGGAGCUCGGCCCCCCGGGAUGGGGGCGGGAUUUUAGAAAGAAGCCCCAGACCCCGCGAGUGGAUGCGGGGGGCUUUUCCUCGCAGCGUCUGCACCGCGGAUCUGUCCGCCCAGGAGCGCUCCCGCUCCCAGACUUUACUGCUGUUUCUUUCGGCGCUGCUCGCCAGAGGACCCGGUUGCCAUGGUGAAGGAGAAAGUGGCGCACCCUCAGGACCCUCACCACCCAUCGGAGAAGCCUGUCAUUCACUGCCAUAAAUGUGGGGAGCCAUGCAAGGGUGAAGUGCUUCGGGUCCAGACCAAACAUUUCCACAUAAAAUGUUUCACCUGCAAAGUGUGCGGCUGUGACCUGGCACAAGGGGGCUUCUUCAUAAAGAACGGCGAGUAUCUCUGCACCCUGGACUACCAGAGGAUGUAUGGGACACGCUGCCAUGGCUGUGGGGAGUUCGUGGAAGGAGAGGUGGUCACUGCCCUGGGCAAGACCUAUCAUCCCAACUGCUUUGCGUGUACAAUCUGCAAGCGCCCGUUUCCACCCGGAGACCGAGUCACGUUCAAUGGGAGAGACUGCCUCUGUCAACUGUGUGCGCAGCCAAUGUCGUCCAGCCCUAAAGAAGCCUCCUGCCCCAGCAAUUGUGCUGGCUGUGGAAGGGACAUCAAGAACGGGCAGGCGCUGCUGGCCCUGGAGAAGCAGUGGCACUUGGGGUGCUUUAAAUGCAAGUCCUGUGGGAAGGUUCUCACCGGGGAGUACAUCAGCAAGGACGGCGCUCCCUACUGUGAAAAGGACUACCAGGGGCUCUUUGGGGUGAAAUGUGAAGCCUGUCACCAGUUUAUCACAGGGAAAGUCCUGGAGGCAGGUGACAAACAUUACCACCCCAGCUGUGCACGAUGCAGCAGGUGCAACCAGAUGUUCACAGAAGGAGAGGAAAUGUAUCUUCAAGGUUCCACCGUUUGGCAUCCCGACUGUAAGCAAUCUACCAAGACGGAGGAAAAGUUGCGGCCGCCAAACAUUCAUCGUUCUUCAUCCGAUUUCUCUUAUCCCAAAAGUCUGGUUCGACGCACAGGACGGUCUCCGUCUCUGCAGCCUACCAGGACUUCCUCUGAAAGCAUUUAUUCUAGACCAGGUUCCAGUAUCCCUGGCUCCCCAGGUCAUACUAUCUAUGCAAAGGUGGACAAUGAAAUCCUGGAUUAUAAGGAUUUAGCAGCCAUUCCCAAGGUCAAGGCAAUAUAUGAUAUCGAACGUCCAGAUCUUAUUACCUAUGAGCCUUUCUACACUUCGGGCUAUGAGGACAAACAGGAGAGGCAGAGCCUGGGAGAGUCUCCAAGGACUUUAUCUCCGACUCCAUCAGCAGAAGGCUACCAGGAUGCUCGGGACCGGGUGAUCCACCGGUCCACCAGCCAGGGCUCCAUCAACUCCCCCGUCUACAGCCGCCAUAGCUACACUCCAACCACGUCUCGCUCUCCCCAGCAUUUUCACAGACCUGGCAAUGAGCCGUCCAGCGGCCGGAACUCCCCUCUCCCUUCCCGGCCAGACAGCCGCCCUGUCACUCCAACUUACGCUCAGGCCCCUAAACAUUUCCAUGUUCCAGAUCAAGGGAUCAACAUUUACCGAAAACCACCCAUCUACAAACAGCAUGAUGCAGCUGCCUUAGCAGCCCAGAGCAAGUCUUCAGAAGACAUCAUCAAGUUUUCCAAGUUCCCAGCAGCCCAAGCUCCAGAUCCCAGCGAGAUACCAAAGAUUGAGACGGAUCACUGGCCUGGGCCCCCCUCACUUGCCGCCGUAGGAGCCGACAUGAGACGCAGACCUAGUGGCAGAGAGGAAGAUGACGAGGAGCUUCUGAGGCGCCGGCAGCUGCAGGAAGAGCAACUGAUGAAGCUCAACUCGGGCCUGGGGCAGUUGAUAUUGAAAGAGGAGAUGGAGAAGGAGAGCCGGGAGAGGUCGUCCCUGUCAGCCAGUCGCUACGAUUCUCCCAUCAACUCAGCUUCACAUGCUCUAUCAUCUAAAACCUCAUCUCUCCCAGGCUAUGGAAAAAAUGGGCUUCACCGGCCUGUUUCCACAGACUUUGCUCAGUACAACAGCUAUGGGGACGUCAGCGGCGGAGUCCGAGACUACCAGACUCUCCCAGACGGCCACAUGUCCGGGACAAGAAUGGACCGGGGGGUGUCCAUGCCCAACAUGUUGGAACCAAAGAUAUUUCCAUAUGAAAUGCUGAUGGUGACCAACAGAGGGCGCAACAAAAUCCUAAGAGACGUGGACAGAACCAGGCUGGAGCGCCACUUAGCCCCAGAAGUGUUUCGGGAAAUCUUUGGAAUGUCCAUACAGGAAUUUGACAAGUUACCUCUUUGGAGACGCAACGACAUGAAGAAGAAAGCGAGACUCUUCUAGGCCUCCCCCACCCCCUGCCCGCCCCCGCCCCGCGUAGACAGCAGGUAGAAAAAGGACUAACGUGGCGGUGACACAUAAGAUGUUGUGUUAAGGCCCAAACUUGAUUGGAGAACUUUCAAGCUACUGUCCCUCAGCAACGACGAAAGGGGAAACCUGGUGAAAACGCCCACGAGCCACACUUCGGACCCACCACCGGCAACACUUGCCAAGAAGCAACAGGAUAGAAAUUUCUGUGUUCCCCACACUCGUGACCUUUUUCCAUCACCUUAUGUACGCAAUAGUUCCUAUAACUGUUGUCUCACAAUAGUGCUGACCGUAUGGGUAAGAGCCAGCAAGUGCCCUUAGGACGCCGCAUGGAGAAAAGGCAGCUGUAGUAAUUCCGAGGUAGGAAUAUAUUUAUUAUGUAGCACUGUGGCUAAGAAGGAAGAGCCUGAGGGACAUAUCCAUGCGGGCACACCACUUUGCGCACCCGUGUCCUCACUGGCCUCGCGAAGCCCGACCUGCGCCCCCCAGCAGGAUGGAGAUCAGCGUCGGGCCACCGGGCAAGCUCUGCUCUGAGGGGGCUGAAUAGCAGCCAGAGUCACUUUUAACACGCUCCUUUUUCUCUACUGUUUGCUAGGACCUGGUUGGCAAAUUACUUAGCUAUUAUUUAAAAACAAAAAAAAAAAAUUUUUUUUUUAAGAGAAAGAGAGGGAAAUGGCACGAAAGGAAUAUCUCCCUUCAUUCUUUUCCUGCUUCAGACUGUGUGCUUCAUUCAGCCUCCCCACCACGGACAGCAGCUGUCCCCCGGCCCCACCGCCCAGAAAGGAAAGGGAGAGGUUCUCUCCGGUUGUGUGCUGUUGGAUGACUUUUGCCCAGGGGGGCCGCGGCACUCUUGGCAAAAAGAAAAAAAACAAAAAAACAAAAAAACACAAAGAAAUGUGUCCCGCCCACGCUAGUCCUUCUUCCACCCAGCAUCCUCUGAAUCCGAUCAAGCCCACCGGCGUUUUGGGGGGGUUUUUGAGGUCUUUUCAGUAGUCGGCUAAGGAAAGGGCACGCUUUUCUCUCUGCAAUCUCUGCAACUCCAGGGUACAUUGCUUCAGACUGAUUUAAUUUGGCCUUUUCAGCUUUCCUUCUUUGCCUAGCUCUGUUGACUUCAUGGUGUGUGUGUGUGUGUGUGUGUGUGUGUGCGCGCGCGCGCACGUACGUGGACGCACCCAGGGUAGUUUGGGGAUUACAUCUCAUUUCUGCUUGAACGUUUGUCCGGCCGGGCGGCAGCUUUUCCAAGGAACAUUUGCACACGUGCGCCUGACUCAAAGGGCGAGAGUGAGGCUACACCGCACCCAACAAGGCAUCCUUCUUGGAAGGGUGUUGGUGUCAGAAGCCAGCAUCCUCCGUGAUUGAUGGAGCUCAGGUCAGCAGCACGCUGAGGAGGAAACAGACCUCCGAUCGGGCUGUGUGUGGAGCUCGGAGCAUCGCACCAGAGUUCACCAAUUUGGCAACACGAGAUUUAAAGCGGGGCCUGGGAUUUCACCAAAACGUGCGUGUAAGACCGCUCAAGGGCGAGAGUGAGGCUACACCCCACCCAACAAGGCAUCCUUCUUGGAAGGGUGUUGGUGUCAGAAGCCAGCAUCCUCCGUGAUUGAUGGAGCUCAGGUCAGCAGCACGCCGAGGAGGAAACAGACCUCCGAUCGGGCUGUGUGUGGAGCUCGGAGCAUCGCACCAGAGUUCACCAAUUUGGCAACACGAGAUUUAAAGCGGGGCCUGGGAUUUCACCAAAACGCGUGUGUAAGACCGCAUCACGGUUCCCGGCAGCUUCCGGCCGUGGCUCAAAUGACCUGUGAGUCGGAUGAGGGAGGGUCUCUCCAGCUCCACACACGGGAGGCUUUCACAUUUAUUCAUGUGCACUGGGGGCUCUGCCUAGGAAUUGAAACUCUGUUUUAAAGCCAAAGGAGAAAUCAUGCGAAUUCUCUUCCUAUGCCUCCGAUAAUAAAGGCUCAGAAGUUCUUCCUGCUGGCACCAAGUAUUUGAACUAGUUGGUAACUGACUCCAGUGGUAAAAAGCAAGGAAACUUGUUCCAGGGCCUGUACUGCGAACCUCUAACUUGUGACGCACUCCAUCACCCGGGUGCUGUGCUGAGCUCUGGGCCUGCUCAGUAGCACUGUCCUGCACCCUCCCCAAGGGGAUCGAAAGCCGCCUGCCCUUUCAGUGCUAGACACUGAAUGUUUGAGGACUGUUCUCACAAAUAGGAGUGUGUGUGUGUGUGUGUGUGUGUGUGUGUGUGCGCAUUGGACCUACUAACGCGUUUUGCAAGUGGCUCUGAUGGAGUGGACGAAAGAAGACCGGCUCCUCCUGGGUCUGAAGCCUCCGGACCGCAGCUCGCAGUUUAGUGCCUCUUGCCUCGUUCAGUAUUUCUGCCGCCCCGACUUCCCUCCGACCUCUCCUGCACCUGCCGCCUCAGGCCCGCGUAUCCUAGUCCUUGCUUUGCCCUGGCCCAGUGGGAGGAGUGGAGACCAGAGGGUAUUCCCAGUAAUCAGUCACAAGCACGGCCAAAUGGGUGCCCGUGCUAGGCUGGUGGAGAGAAGUUUUUCAUUACGGGGAUAAGAAAGGGCCCUCCAUGUUUUCAUUGGUUAAUGAAUUAUGACCCAUGUGCACAUAGAUCAAAUGUCAGUGGGAGAAAAAUCGCAGUGGUAGUUAAAAGAUCCGAACCAAAACCUCCCACCAAUGAAACUCUACUUCUGUUGUAUCUUCUGAAUUCAAUUCUGCAUCCAACUUGGGGAUAGGGGGUGGGAAGCUUCUUUCCGUAUUGAGCGUACGAGCUCAUUUAAACUGCACCAUACAAAAAUGCAUUACCAGAAAACGUCAGUAGCCUCCCGUCUGCGGGCAGAGCAGCGCUGUGCUCUGGGGAGGGGUUGUAGACAACCAUAUCGUGGAGCGGGUUCCCCGACUCCACUCCCGGCAGAAGACUCCAGCUGGAGGGAUGGGCCGUGGGGCAACCUGGUUCUCCUAACUGCCAAAUCUAUUCUAUAGGCUACAAUGGCCUCUCUGUUUUUUUUAAAAACCGGGCUCAGCAUGCUUGUCCUCGGCACGUCCAGGCCACCGUGCAGGACAAUCCGCGUUCUCUGCUUGAACCCCACUCUGCACCGCACAUAAAAAUUCCACUUGUUAACGCAGCCAAAGGAACAGAGAUUGUUCCCUCUAGGGAAGGACUCCCACAGCUGGCAAACUUUCCUGGCACGUCCCCCAAGGGCUCCAUUUUUGAGGGUUGGGCCUACUUGCAAUUCCUUAAGCACACACCGAUUGCAUGAAGCAAAAGAGGCCUCUGGCAACAUGAAAGUCAGGGCUUCCUUUCCGGUUUCUCCCAGGAGAGCCAGGAUACCAUUUAGUCUUCCUGUGUGGUGUAAAAGGAGACGUGAAGAUCAUUUGGGAACUUGUACAGCCCACUGUGCACCCACAUUUUGGUUUGGGUUAGUUAGGAAAUGUUCUUCAUGUGACUCGUUCAAUAACUAGCAGUAAACUGCCUGUUCUGUGCAACCUCACGCAGAAGAGCCAGAGUUCAUGGGCACUGUGGCCCGCACUCCCCGUGCAGCUCACGUUCUCAGUCUGGCUGUGCCCGUCAACUCUACCUAGAGAAGUCUUGCUGGAAAUGUUUAUAAAACUUUCACCUAAUUUCUUUACACUUGAAAGCAAACACCUUUUUCUAAAGAAUUGCUUCUCAGAUGAUUAUAUCAAAUAUAUACGCUUUUGCAAGUUAAAAAAAAAAAAAUUCAAACUCACUACUUUUGACUAGGUAGGUCUUUCUAAAAAUUCUUUCAAAAAGCUUGGUGUUAGCGUCCUGCGCGUCGAAGGGGCAGGUGAGCCCUCUCUCUGACUGUCAGGAAAGAUGGUGGAAGGAAAGGAACUCCGUGUCGUCCCCCCUUCUGUGUCCUCUGAGGCAAGCUCGAUUUUUAGAUCACGUCUUCUGCAUUCCUGGUCACUGUUCAGUCUACACUUCCUCGGCCAGCCUUGACCUUCUUGAUCUUUGAAAUUGUUUUCUUUUGAUAAACCAAGUGUUUGUGAGUAAGCCCCUACAACUCACUCAUUAGUACUCCCUUUUGAAGAAUGUUCUCUUAAAAAAAGAUGAUUUCAGGCUUGAGAUUUACAGUUGACGCCACCUUAGAGUGUAAUGUACAUUAAGGAAACUACCCGACUGUGUCGUAAUGAAAGAAAGCGAAACGUUGACUCUGGCCUUUAAAAAAAAAAAAAAAUCGCUUUCCAUUUGUUGCCCAGGAAGCAAUGAGGAGAUGGCGAUGGAUAUGCUUUGCAUGUGGAUUUUUGUGUUUUCAUUUGGGCAAAUGUAACUUAUGGCAAACUCAGAAAGGGGGAGGUGGUCCGUUUAAGCUGAAAGAAACUUUCGAAACAAUGUAUGCAGACACAACAAAAUCGAAUCCAACAUUUUCUGACGCUUGAUGUAAUCGACUGGCAAUUGUUAUUAAAUAAAAUUCUUCCCCAAAGUGUCUUUCUCAAGAGUGAAGAUCCCGUGAGUCACUUUUGGAACCUAUUCACCAAAGGUAGCAGGAGACAAUACUAUUUACGCCAACAUCCAGAAAGGCGGUGAGCCACUUGAUGAUGGUCUAUGCCCAUGUUUCUUUAUCCUGUGGAAGAGAAAACGGUUGUCCACGAUAUCGAUGUUCCUCUUGGGUUCCGUGUACAGACCCGUCCGGUAACAAAUGCGUGUGGUUUCUGUGAGUGGCCGACAAACCUCUUACCAUCCUUUCCUUUUGAGUUUGGUUUAAUGGAGUUUUUUUUUUUUUUGCAAGUGUCAAAAGACGUCCAGUUCUUCCCUCCCUUUCAGAAAUAUGAAAGUGAAUAUUUGGAAGAGCUGCUGUUGGAAAGAUGUGUCGUGUCCCCCGUGAAAGUGAGUGGGUGUCCGUCUGUGCCCCGAAUACCACAUACUAGUAUGCAGAGGCAGGGGCGGCCAGCUGGCCCCACGUCGCUGUGCUUUAUGGCCCCGACCUGCCCCACGCUCCUGUCGCAAGCAGCACUUGCCGCUUCCCUGCCCCAUACUCUGUGUCACUGUUGUGCACUCGCCACUCAGUGAAUAAAGUGUGUGCUUUAUUCUGUUCAUAAA